GUAAAGAGCGCAGAGCGGCUCAGCGGAGAGAGUCUGAGAGUGUGCCGUUUUCCACCACUUCCUGGAUUACUGUUUCAGCUCCGUCCGACCAUACACGCUCUAUCAAUGAAGCUUGGUUCUUAUCCGUGAUUUCUUCGCCAUGAGCUGCCUGGAUGUGAUGUACCAAGUGUUUGGUCCUCAGCCUUAUUUCAGCUCCUACAGCCCCUAUCACCACCAGAAGUUGGCUUUGUAUUCCAAAAUGCAAGACCACCAGGACAGCGGCAGCCGGCUUGGCCCCCCGGCGAUCAAAGAGGAGGACAAGGAGCUGCCGCCCGGUGCCGAGUACCUGAGUUCCCGCUGUGUCCUCUUCACUUACUUCCAGGGCGAUAUCAGUGCGGUGGUGGAUGAACACUUCAGCCGAGCUCUCAGCCAGACGAGUGCAUACCCCGCAUCGAGCAGCCACAAGGCCGUAAGAGAUGGAUCCUUUCCUAUGAGCCAGAGAAGUUUCCCUCCGUCUUUCUGGAACAGUUCCUACCAGCCGUCAGUCUCCUCCACACUGGGCAGCGCUCUGUCGGCUCCCCACACAGAGCUCUCCUUUCCAGGUGACCCUUACUCCUCUGCCUCCCUGCACAGCCACCUCCACCAGCCCAGCCCCGAUGCCUGGCACCCAUCCCACCACCACCACCAUCACCACCAUCACCCUUACUCGCUAGGAGGUGCUAUAAGCACCCAGAGCUCAGCUUACCCACGUCCAGGUGUUCACGAGAUGUACGGCACAGCGUUCGACCCACGCUACGGCUCGCUGCUGGUGCCGUCAGUGAGGUCGCACCACCGCCUGACGUCCGGCAGCUCGGUACCGGGGCCCAGUGGCUCUCCCUGUGACCUCGGGGGUAAAGGGGAAUCGGGGACGGGGUCGACCUGGAGCGGUGCCUUCACGGGGGCAGGAACAGAGAUUGGACUGAACAUGGACACAGGUCUGCCAGCACAGGAUAAGAGCAAGGAUUUGUACUGGUUUUAGAGACCACUGAGACCCCCCUCCCCCCUCUUCUUGUCUACUACUUUGGCUGUAGCCGCUUUCCUGCACUCCUGCUCUACUCUACUGCUGUUGUGGGAUGACUGACAGAUAAAUUGACAGAUAGACAAAAACAGUGAGGCAGCAGUUUCUUUUUCCUGCUGUAACGGCUUCUGGUUUACUUGCAGCUCUGUGUUACGGCGGACUGUGCAGCAGCAGUGCAGCCCUGCUGAGCUGAAGGGCAACAGUGUGGAUACACAGCGAACAUGGAAACAAAAGUGGACUCGCAGAGGGGAGAGAGAGAAAAUAUGAUCUUGAUGGAUAUGGACAAAGACAAGACUCUUUGUGCUUCUGUAACAGGCAGGGACAACAUUCCUAAAGUGGAAAAAGUCUUUGGACAGACGGACAGAGACACAUGUGCUGUCGGACUCCAAAGACUAGCGCCUGAAAGGACUUGGCAGGACUUGCCUCACUGGGGCAACUGGGCUCAGACACUAGGAGUGUGUUAUGGCUGGAGGAAAGGCCACGCUGGUGUCAAGGAGGCAGCACAUCAAGAUUUUGGCAGAGAGCGAAGGGAGGAGGACAAACUUUUUGGGUAUACAUGGAGUAAUGUUUCAUCCGGCACAGCACAGUACACAUUAAAUGUAACCUGAAUGAAUGAAUUUAAACUGAUAUCAAAAGAUAUUUAAGCCAUGAUUACAGCUUCAAACCUUAGAAAUUUAAAGAGGCAUAUUUUUCCUGGCUUGUAGCGCUAAAUAUCCAUCUGAACUGUUUUGAUGUGAGAUGCCCAGUUUUUUAUACAUCAGCUGCCUUCUCCUAAAAUUGCACUAAGUGACAAUGUGGUGUUUAAAGUGGCAGACAUAGCAGCAGUACGUCAUUCCAGAAAAAAUGAGCACAUCAUAUUUUUUUAAAAUCCACCAUCUAGAACUAUUUCCUCUCUACCAAAUUCAGGCCCUGUCUUUCAAUGUGCCACAUGGAAACUAUGUUCAGCAGGUGUAGCUUGGCACGAACAAAGCAAAACAAAACAGGCUUCUGGGUCAUGAUUUGUAGAAGGAGACACAAUUGCAGUUUUUUAAAAAUAUCCACAUUAUUGGUGCUUUGAACACCACAAGAUGAAUGCUGUGUAGUUCCACUGAAUUCAAGAGAAAGGCAGCUAGUAUCUCCAAAACUGGGAAAAUAUGGGAAAAUGUGUGAGGUUCCUUUAAGUGUGCUCAUACAUUUUAAAGAUGAAGCAAACUGUUGUCUCAUAUGGCACUGCACAAAGUUAGGGCUCAGUAACACAGACCUGAAGAUCAAUCAGUAAUCCCCGCAACCUCUAGUCGUGAGGGACAAAUGUGGAUUCGUUGAGCCAUUGGUGAAUGGUUGCUUGUGGUUGGUGGCCACCACCAGGUAAAUCGUUGCCCGGAGAUGCUGACUCAUCUGCAAAGACUUGCCAUUCACUCGCCAGGAUGUUGUGAAACUUAAUAGUGUGAAGCUGGAACUGCCUUCAAAGUAAAAGUGACUUACUGCUGAAACCGACUCAGUUUAAAGUGCACAGUUUUUACUUUAAGGGCCAAAGGUCUCCAUUUCAAAUUUGCAUCGCAGUUUUGACAGUUUCACUUUGCUU